UCAAUAAAUCUCUCCCCCUCACAUAUCACCCUCUUUCACUCGCACUGCCUCCCGCCCGCAACCCGCCUCUCUCUCUCUCUCUCUCUCUACCCUCUCCUUCUCAGUCGCUGUGUUCCGAUCCAAUGGCACCGAAGAAGGACAAGGCACCGCCACCGUCGUCGAAGCCGGCAAAGUCUGGAGGAGGCAAGCAGAAGAAGAAGAAGUGGAGCAAAGGAAAGCAAAAGGAGAAGGUCAACAACAUGGUGCUCUUCGACCAGGGCACGUACGACAAGCUCAUUGCUGAGGCACCGAAAUAUAAGCUCAUCACACCCUCCAUUCUCUCCGACCGUCUCAGGAUCAAUGGGUCGCUGGCGAGGAAGGCCAUAAGGGAUUUGAUGGCCAGAGGGGCAAUUAGGAUGGUUUCUGCUCAUGCCAGCCAGCAGAUCUACACCAGGGCCACCAACACCUAGGUCUUCUUGUUUUCUGAGGUUAUUAUGUCGUUUGGGUGAUUAUUAUGUCGUUGUAGACUAUUUAGCGUCCUUUUUUAUAUUUUCAUGCCAGUUUUGUUUUUCUUUUUAUGGUUAAUGAGACUUUGAUUAUUCAGGAUCAUUACGCAUUAGCUUGCUAGUAGAUUAUAAAUCUAUUCAAAUAGUGAGAAACCGUUGUUCUUC